AUGGAGGCUUCGCCGCUGAUCAAGGCUCACGACCAUGCUCGCGAAGCAUCUGUUGCAACACACGCCGCCGACACCGUCGUCGCAGUCAACGAGCAUGCGCUGGCGGCGGGCGAGUUCGCCACGGCCGCGAGCGACACCUCGAGCGCCGAAGCGCUGCGCACGCUGCGGCUGCUCGAGCAGCACCACCAACGGCUCUCGCAGCUGCUGCGAUACUCGCUUGAGCACCCGCUGCCAGGCGCCGGCGGGGCACUGGCACAGAAACCGGACGGCGACUCGAUCAACGAGAAAGUAGCAGGGCAAAGUGCCGGGGAUGGAAAGGCCGCCGUGACGGGGAGUGGAGCUGCAACGGCUGCGACAACGACGUCUGUGUCCGGGGUAGUCUCGCGCGGCGAGUUUGCCGGACGGGCAGCAGGUGGCACGGCGGGUGGCUUCGCUGGUGGGGGUGAUGGCGCCUCGGGCGGCGCGGCAAGCGGCGGCAGCGCAUCGGCCGCGGCCGCGUCCAUGUCUGCGACGGCCACGGCACACCAAGCCGGAGCUGCUGCAAUGGCCAACAUCCAGGCCGGGGCCCGUCGCUACCCUCCGUCCCGCGAGCUGUCGUCGUCCAUUGCGAACAACCUGGCGUCGGCACGCGGCAUCCGCGGCGGGUCGGCUGCUGCCCGUCUGCACCAUCGGGGCCAGCCUGCAGCACCCAGUGUCUCCAACGACCAGGCACCCGGCAACCUCGAAGCGUCGCCUGGGCGCAAAGAGGGCGGCGGGUCUCGUGCGCAGAUGCAGAGUGUGCUGCAGCAACAGCAGGCCAAGCCCAGCUGGGUGCCGCCGACAGCCCAGCCACAGUCGCAUCCGCACAUGUUUGUGGGCACAGAGACAGAAGAGGGCGAGGUGAUGGCCAAGGCCGACGAGGGCUUCUCCCGGUUCUACAGCCGGUUUGGCAGCAUCAUCAACCGGCUGUCGGCGCCACUCGCCUUUGCAGGCCUGCCGCUGAUCACGGAAGAGGCGAGUGCAUCAGACGCCGCGCCAGCUUCGACGACUGCAGAGGCGCACGGACAGGCUGGUGCGGCGCCCAGGCACCCAGCUCACGGCCGUUCAUCGUCGCAGCUGUCCACGUCGUCGGCUGCCGAGCCAGAUCUGUCGCAGAUCUAUUCUCGCGCCGCCCUGCGCGCCCUGGGCCGCGACACGGCAGGCCACAUGGGCAGCGCCAACGACUCGUUCUAUGUGGUGCCCAAGACGGGCCACACGGCGUCGUAUGCGAAUAUUUUGAGUUUCGACCAAAAGGAAAAGCGGCGGCAGAUGGCGGCAUCGUUCCAUGGCGGAAGUGGCGGCGGUGGCGGCAUGAUGGACGAGAUCCCCGAGGUGGCCGACGACGGAGACGACGAUUUCGUCGAUGCCAAGGAGCAGCCGCCGUCGCCGACGAGCAGCCGAGCACGGGGCAACCGUAUGCACCAGCUGGGAGCCAAGUCGGGCGUGGCAGCGGUGGACCACUUGAUCGAAGAGCUGUACACGGAGAACCAAGGUCUGAAGAACAUGCUGGACAAGUUGAGCCGGCGGCUGCACACGUUCGAAGCGAGUGCGCAGCAGUCGCACAUGGCGUUGCAGGAGAGUAUGCGGUUCAUGCGGCCGGGGUCGCCGAACAGCGGUGGAGGCGGGAGCGGAAUUGGGGCGUCGACGUCGUCUUUGACGCCGGCGGCGGCAGCGGCAGCAGCAGCGUCAGCGGCAGCCGCGGCCUCGCUCAAGGCGAAUCGUGGGGCGGGCAGCAUGAACACCGGCGGUCUUGGCACGUCUGCGGAUGCCGACUCGAACUUGGACACAGCGUCCUUGCUCUCAAAAACACGGGACCUGGAAGAGGAGCUGGCGCAGGCGCUGCAGCGGCUGGAUGCGUCGGAGAAGGAGCGGGCCCACCAGGAAAAGACAUUGCAAAAGUACCGUGAGAAAUGGGAAAAGCUCCGGGCCGGAGCCAAGGCGCGACGAGACGCGAAUCCAGGAGCCUCCAGUAGCCUCUUAUCACUCCUCCCCUACCCGUUGCGCUUGCGCAUAAACACUCUUCUUUGUCAGGCCGCCACCAACCGACGCAAAGAGAGCCGGCGCUAUCUGUUGCAGCUGUGCUGCUGCCGCCCACGACGCCACACUGCGCAGCGCCACCGCCAAAAACCCCAGCGUCUCGCGGUCGACGUCAAAGACCUCCCACCACGGACCGGCUGCGUCGGGCAGUCGGGCGCCAAUGUCGCGCGCCGCGCUGUAGAGAGCCGCGACAGCCAGUUCGUGCGGCUGGUGCGUGACAUACAGCAGCUGCGGCGACAGCAGGGCCGUGUUGAGGUACUGGACGGCGCGGUGGGCGAGGGCCGAGUCGGCUGGCGGGCCGGUGUCGCCCAGGAAGCUGAGGGUUUGCAGGUACGUGAUGGCGAGAGGAUGGGGCAAGGCGACAUGCGUUUCAAACGCGAGCACGUCCAGCAGGCGCGUCUCGCAGGCGAGAACGUGCGUGUGGAAAGCGGCGUACUCGGUAUCGUUGCUCGCGCCCCCGGUUGUGCCCUCUGCAGCACCGGCCACUGCCAGAUAGUGGUACACAUUGGCAAUGUCUCGGGCCGAUCGUGGGAGCGGUCCUGUCUUGGCCACGAGGUAGACGGCGGCGGCCGAGACGUGGCGGUAGUCCGUGGCGCGGGACUCGUCAAUGUCGAACCCAGGCGCCUGCACCCAGUACCGCGCCAGCAGGACAUUGGCCCGCGCCGUCGUCGACUGUGGCAGCUCGAGCAGCAAGCCGGCGGCCUGGGUCAAGCGCUGUGUCGCGAAGAAGACGGCGUCGAGCAGUUCGCUGGGCAGCUGCAGCGCCGCGGCGCGGUCACGGCAGCGGGCCAGCUGUGCGGCCGUGGCGAGUGGGUUUGUCAAGUGCGACAUCUCGGGCGGUGUUCGUGA